AUGCAAAUAAAUCGAUGGAUAUGGUGGACCACUGUCAUUCUUCUUUAUCUCAGGACGGAAUUAUUGGAAGCAGCAGACUCAUCAAAAGAAAAUACAGCAGAUUUAUCAAGCGAAGAAAAAGAAAAGAAAUCAGACGGCAUCGAUAAAUGGAACUCCACAAAAAUUGAACCGAGCAAACCGAAGAAUGCAAAAGAACUUGGAAUUCAUCCAUGUGAAUCAAAUCAAGACUGUGUAUAUGGAGGAGUUUGUCAUCGCGGGAAAGAUGGUCACGGUAUCUGUCUCUGUCCGAGAAGUUGUCCUGCUAUUACGCCGAAGCGAUGUGGAUUUCGUUCCACAUCACCAUGUCUAGUAAUGGAUUCGGAAUACAGGUCGAAGUAUGAUGUAAAAGAACCAACAUGUUACUUGAAUGAGUGUUUGUGUCCUCCACAAUUCGAUACUGUCCAUGUUACUGCCAAUCAGAAACCUCUCAAAUUAAACUCAACACUUUUACCAACAAAAUGUGAUAAACGAGAUCUAGCUGUCGUUAGUCGAGCUCAUCCAUCAUUAUCAGUAUUCAAAGCAAUGGACGUUACAUUGUUCUGUUGUGUGAAUGUAGAUCCCGAAGGGUUCAUAGAUGUUGCAAAUGUGUUUUUCAUUCAAAAUGGAACGAUUAUCAGAGAACCAACAUCUCAUCCAUUUGCAACUCGGAAUGGGCAGCCACGUAGAGUCCACGAAAAGCAAUCUUGUUGGGAACUGGAAAUAAAAAAUGCUCAAGUUUCGGAUUCUGGAAUUUACAUGUGCCGAGUAACAACGGCUUCGCCUGAAUUAGAUGUCACUGAUACAAUGAUUUUUGAAGUUAAAGAACAUCUUCGGCGAACACAUUCGUACUGGUACAAGCGUCCAAAAAAAGUUAUGUCAGCAUCAUCAUCAUUGAAAGAUUCUGAUGAUGAUGAUGACUUAACUUUACCGACAAAACCCUCGCAUUUGCCACCUCGUCAAAUCCAAAAACUAGCUGUUAAUGCAUCAGAAAGAGAAGCUGUCGUAACAUGGGAGUCAGAUGGAGAAGAUAUGGCAAUUGAUUUGAGACUUGUUCGACGAACUGACAGUCGAGGAGCUGUAGUUUACAGUAAGGACAAUGUGACAGCUCCAGUUGUCAUCAAGGAUCUUCGUGCUGCCACUCCGUAUACUUUAUUCGUAUCUGGAAAAGAUGGUCUCGUUCCAUUUGAGUUCACUGAGCACUUCUCAACGAAACAAAAACGUCCUUUCCCACCAAAGGAAGAAGAUGUUCGUGUUUUGAAUUCUGGAACGUCGUUGAGUUGUGAAGUUGAAUGGAAAAGUCCAGCUGAGACGAAUGGUCGUAUUGUGAAAUACUUUGUUUCCGUUCGUGGCGCCAUGAGAAAAUCAGAUGGAACUCUGACUCCAGAUGAUUUUCCAUCGGCAGAAGAUGUGGACAAACGAUGUGCAAAUUGGGACGAAGAUGAAUCAAAAGCAUCUCAAAAUUCAGUAAAUCCUAUUGAUUUCUCGAAUGAUUUCUAUUCUUGCAAAUUUGGACCUUUGAAACCCAAUCGAAACUAUUCUGUAACUGUUUGGGCAGAAAACUCUGCUGGGCGUUCUCUGCCAGCCCUUUUCAAAAAGAAUUGUGUCACAAAUUUUGCUCAACCGGAUUUAGUAGAAGCACCACAGACUCGUUUAACUAGCAACAUGUCAACAUUCGAAUUAGCUUUCUCCCGUCCACCUGAUGAUAUGAAUGGACCGAUCAGUUGCUACUAUAUCGCAAUUGUUCCUCUUCCAACGAAUGUUUCUCUGGAUCUUUUGCCGAACAGUGAUGAGAUUGUGAUGGAUUCAUUUUCAAAAGUAUUCACCAAUAAUCUUCACGCAUCCGCUGCUGAGAAGAAACGUUUCUUCGCCUAUGUAGCAGAAUCUUAUACUGAAUUACCAAUAGAAACAACGAUUGGAGAUGGUAUUGGAGUUACGGGAUUGAAAGCAUGCAAUGUUCAAUAUCUUAGUCGCUACUCUGCAGAAGAUCUUGCAUUGAGAACUGGAUUAAAAUACACUGGAUUCUUGAUUGUUCGCGUGGAUAAAGAAGAAGAGCUGAAUAGGAAAGAUGCCAGACCUGGAGCCGGACCGAACAUUUUGAGAAAUUUAAUGGAUAAAAGUGCUCCGACGACAUCAAGAACACACACCUCAACUUCAUCAACACGCCACCUUCGUCAACUUCAUCUCAGUGGGCCCGCGUAUGGAUACUCGGAUUAUUUCAAACCUGUUCUUCUCGAUGAAGAUGGUCCUAGUACUGGAUUCGGAAUUUUCGUCAAAGUCUUUUUACCUCUUCUUUUGUUCAUAAUAGUUGCUGCCGGAGUCACUCUUAUUCUACUUCAUCGAAAGAGUCCGAUGCUGACUACUUGGUGUCCAUUUUUCUCAAAAAUGGUAUCUAAAGAUGCUGUUGAACGAACAUUACUGAAACAAACAUUCGGAGCAAUUCCAGUUGAAGAUCUUCCAACAGAAUUCGUACUUCGUCAUCGAGAUUCUGAUUUCUUGUUUGUCCAAGAGUACGAAGCACUUCCACAUUUUCCAAUGAAUACGGUUGCUAGUAGCAAAAAAGAGAAUGCAGUCAAAAACAGAUACAACGAUAUUCGCGCAUUCGAUGAAACACGUGUGAAAUUGAAACAAAUUAGAGGAGACGAACACUCGGACUACAUCAAUGCAAACUUCAUUAAAAGUUGGAAAGAGAAGAAGUUGUUUAUUGCUGCACAGGCACCAGUUGAAGCAACGAUUGACGACUUUUGGAGAAUGAUUUGGGAACAGGAGUCGUAUUUAGUGGUGAUGGUUGCUAAUUUAACUGAAAAGAACCGACAACAGUGUGCAAAGUAUUGGCCCGACGAAGAAAUGACACGAUAUGGGGAUAUCAUUGUAGAACCUUCGACUGUUUCAUUUCAUUCAGAUUAUGCUGUUCGUGCAUUUGAUAUUGCUCAUAUAGCAGACUGUGGAUCUGAUGUAAUUCCAACUGAAAACGGAGUCGAGUACGCUAAUGUUCCAAUAGUCAAAGGGCAAUUUGCUAAUUGCUCUCGUCGUGUUCUACAGUAUCAUUUCACAAACUGGAAUGACUAUAAAGCGCCUGAAUGUUCAACAGGUUUACUUCGAUUCAUGUACAUUCUCAGAGAGCUGCCACAGUUCAAUACUUCGCCAGUUGUCAUUCACUGCAGUGCUGGAGUUGGUCGUACUGGAACAUUCAUUACAAUUGAUUCGAUGUUCGAUCAAUGUCUUGCCGAAGGAAAAGCCAAUGUAUUUGAAUUCGUAUGCAAUCUACGUCGUCAAAGAAACUUGAUGGUUCAAUCGAUUGAACAAUACGUAUUCAUUUAUAAAGCAUUGGCAGAAUGGCAUAUGUAUGGAUAUACUGAUAUGGAUGUUCAUUCUUUUGAAGAUCACUAUAAUCGAUUGUGUGAAAGUACGUGUUCAUUGAGAGAUAGAGCUGUUAGUUUCAAUCAAUCCUCAUCUGGAAAUGGAUCGAUUUCACCAAAAGUUGCCAUUGUAUCUUCUCGAGAAUCAAUUGUAACAUCUAAUAGUGAAACUGGAUUAGAAGAGGAAUUCAAGAAACUGGAACGUAAUUUGUCAACAUCUCUCACCUCGAACUUCGCUGCAAAGGAUGAAAAUAUUCUAAAAAAUCGGUUUGAAGCGGCCGUUCCAUAUGACAAAUAUCGAGUAGCCCUUCCUCAAAUCAUUGGACAUUCCGACUCAUCCUAUAUCAAUGCAUCACAUAUCAAAGGUUACUUUUAUGAUUACAUCGCUGCUCAAGAUCCAGUAUCGGCAGCUACAGUUUUCGAUUUCUGGAGAAUGGUAGCUGAUCUAAAAGUGAAUACAAUUGUUAUGUUAAGUAACGAAAAUGAUUGGAGUGAACAAGAGAAGUACUGGCCACUCGAUGGACCUGGUACUGAAAGACACUUCCAAGACGGACGAAUUGCAGUUGAUGUUAUCUUUAAUUCUGUGGAACAACAUCAAGAUUUUAUUAUCCGAAAUCUUGCAUACACAAUGAAAGACUCAGAUAUAACGUGUCAAAACCAAGACGUUAUUCAAUACUGUUAUACUGCUUGGCCGGCUGAUUCACUCGUACCAAAAUCAUCGAAUAGCAUGAUGAAUCUGAUCAGUUUGGUUUUGCAGAGACAGAGUAAUUUGAUUGAAUCUCGAGCUCCAAUUGUUGUCCAUUGCAGAAAUGGAUCAUCAGAGACAGGAAUUUUUAUCUGCAUUUCUUUACUUUUACUGCGACAAAAAGCCGAACAACGGAUAGACAUCUUCCAAACAGUCAAAGGACUUCAAUCCCACCGUCCGAUGAUGUUCACCCGUUUCGAGCAGUAUUCUUUCUGCUACAGUGCUCUUGCUGAUUUUAUCUCCAAGACAUUUAGGUAG